AUUAAUCUAAGUAUAGCUUUAAGUGGUUAUUUUACUCAGGAAUGGAGUUCUUUGAGAAAUUAAACUUACCAGAAGGCCUGAGGAAGGAAUAUGAAUCUUUGGCCGAAGACAAAGUUUCCUCGAAAGUUAUGCAAUUUUUUACUGAAGAUGUUUCACUAAAACAUGCUUUUAAACAUACUUUAUUGAAUAAUGCAUUUACAAAGUGGAGAAAAUCAAUGCAUCUUUGGGGUCAGAGGGAAAGAAUAGAGAUCCUCGAUAAGAAAAGAGAGAGAAGGAGGCAGUGGGUUCCUGCAAUAGAAGUUCCUCAUGCUUUUAUACGGUGGAUAAAAUGUACAAAAAAGACAAUGCUGACUAGUGUCAAGAAUUCAGCUGUACUUCUUGCCAGUGGAUAUUUUAUUUUUGUUUAUGAUAUAAACAUGGAUAACUACUUGCAUUAUUCACCAGCUGAUGUUGAUGGUAUUGGCUGUAUUAGAGGUUCACAAGAAGAAGACUUCUUCGCUUUUUCUGAGAAAACAAAUGAACCUAGCAUUUUUGUUGUUACAUAUCCAGAUCUUCAAAUAGCAUUCAUUCUUCGAGAUCAGUAUCAUGGUAAAGUGAUUGAUAUUCAAUUUGGAAACAAUGGAUUAUUACUAUCUCUUAAAUGUGAUUUUGCUGAACAUCGUGUUGUUGUUUGGUAUUGGCGUUGUACUUACGUCCUUUGUAGUUACAUAUUAGAUAGGCCCCAAAUCCAUCCAGAAUAUUUUAGUGCCAGUUUGGAGGGAACUUAUUAUGCUUUGCUGCAAGAACACAAAGAUAAAACCCUAUUACAGUUCUGGUAUUUAAAUAUCCUCUGUGAUGAAUCUCUCUUAGUUAAAAAAUAUACUGGUGAUAUCACAUUGGAAAAUAAUGGGUUUCACGAUAUGAAAUAUGACUCCAAUGGAAUUUUGCAUUUAAUUGAUCAAGAAGGCAAUCUAUAUACUUAUGACAUUACUUCUAAAAAAACCAAUAUUUUGAUUCCUUGGAAACCAACUAGUCCACCAAUUGAUGAUAUUGUUGAGAGUCAUAAGAUAGUUGAAAAUUUUUUACCAAAAAGAAGAAGAGUGGCUAUUGAAGAAUCUUUAGAGUAUGCAAAUGAAAAUUAUGAAAUGAAAGAAGAGGGUGAACCAAAAGUAUUUAAAUACAAAAGGUACAAGUAUGAGGAUGUUGCAAAUGACAUUUAUGAACCAGAACCAAAAGAGAGACAGAGGAAAAAGGCUUGUUUAAAAACAGAUUCACAACUUCCUUGCUAUUUUGUCUGGUUUAAGGAUGGAGUUGUGGUUUCAGGGCCUGAUGCUAAGUUAAAGUAUUAUACUAAGGAUGUGCAAAGCGGAAAAUGGUUGAAGGUUUGGGGUAUGAUUCCUUCGGAUCCGCUAAGUUAUAUGGUCACAAAUCAGAAGAAAGAUCGUCUAUUUGGUUGGUCAGAACGUGAAGGUUUGAAGGAGAUCAAGCCAAUGGAAACAUCAUGCAGUGUCCUUCACUUUUUUGGAGGUUCGAUAAGAAGAAUUGCACUUCUCCAUCCUUCUGAUAACUUCCUUAUUACGUUGAACACAACAAAGACUCUCUGUAUUUGGAAGAAAAAAACAGGCCAACUUAUGAAUUCAGUGAGGUUAAAUUGUGAUAUGAAGGAUAUGUCAGUUCACCAAAGUAGUUCCCUCAUCGCACUGUUUCCAUAUGAUGAGGGCUGUAUCUAUGGUAUUGAUCUCACACAUCCUCGGGUUCCUAACGUCUGGCCUGUAUUAAAAUUGUACCGAGAGCAUUCAUUUGCUUGGAUUAAAUUUUUGGAUGAUGAUUGGUUGAUAGCAUGUACUGAUAUCUCGGUGAAAGUUGUACUGAUUAAGGCUUCUAUACAUCAUGGUUUUGAAGUAAUAUCCUCUUAUAACUUCUACUAUGAAAUAAUAAAUAUGAUUGGUGUACUGGCACAUGAUUGUGUUUAUUAUGGUGUUGCUUUAUUUGAGAAAGUUCAGCCUGGUUCACAAACUGUACCUAAAGGUUAUGUAGCUGGAAAAAUGUUUGAGGUUCUGAAGUUUCCAGCCCUGAGCCAUGUUAGAGCAUUUACUAGUGAAAAUUUUUAUAAAAACAUUUACACUGGGCCAGGUUUAGGGCAUGUCUUAGCAAUGCCAGCCGACAUCAAGUUUGAAAUUCACAGUUAUUACAUUGAUGUUAAGGAAGGAGGAAAUUGGCGUUUACUUAGAAGAAUCCUGGUUGAUCAUCAAGUUGGUACAUUUGAAAUUCAUACUAGUGGGCAACAUUACAUUACCUAUGGUUUCGAUGGUCAUAUAUUUUUUCAUGACUCGUCUGAUCUAUUAAAUAAUGAUAACAAGCCUUUAGCAACUUUAAGAAAUCAUCAUCGAUGGGAUGAAGGGGUACAACAGGCCGUUGUGGAUUAUCAGGGAAAGUAUGUUAUAUCCUUGGGGCAGGAAGGGAAUCUUAUCUGCUCAAGAAUUAAGUAUAAAUAUUGGUGCAGGCAUCCAUUACAUGUGCCAAAGAAAGAAGAAGAAGUAGUCAGAAAUCCACUUACAAAGAUUGUUUUAAAACAUGUUGUAGAAUAUGAAGGAGAGUUUUGGGAAGAUGUAGUUAUCAGGAAAAAACAUAUAUAUGAUAAGCUCCUAGCUGAAUGUAGGAUCUUGAGAAUUCAAAAAAUUUUUGAAGAUAUACAAAAACUGUGGAAUGAGUAUUAUCAACAAAAUCAGAUGGAAAGUGAAGAAAAUAGACUUGCUGAAGAAGAAUUUGAACUAGACAAAGACAGGCUACCAAUAAUGGAAACUGUGGUAAAUAAAGAAAUUGUAAGAAAACAGAAAGAAAGUGGUGCAAAGCUUAAGUUCUACCAGGAAUGGAUUGGUUAUUGGAAGGAACUUUGCUGGGGGAAAAUGUACAUCAAACUCUAUCGAGUAAAGCCAUUCCAAGCGAGGUUCUUUCUUGAAAAUUUUAGUCAGUCAUUGAAGCCAUAUAAGUAUGUGUGUUUCCAUCAUCUUAUAGACACAUUAUCACGUAUGAAUGCUGCAAUAUUUCCUCUACCAGAGCCGAAAAUGUUACCAUGGAAUAAACUUGAUGAAAAUAAUGAAUUCCCAGAACUUAAAAUGCAGAAUGAUCCAUACUACGAGGUGGUAGAAGAUGAAGUAGAUGAAAUAGAUGAAGAAGAAGAAAAAAGACAUGAAACGCAAUCUCUGCCUGUCCAGGAUCUAAACAAAAAUGAGGAGAAAGUGGAGGUGGAAGAAGAAGAGGAAAUGUAUGAAGAGGUGGAGGUAGAGGUAGAGGAUGAAGAGGAAGAUGAUGUUAAUGCCGAGUCCUUAGAAGAUCCAUGUAGUGGUAUAAAAAAACAUGUAGGUACUAAAGAAGAGAUAGAACAGAGAAAAUUUAUAUUAGAAGAGUUGAAAAAAGAUGAUGAGGAACUUGAGACAGCUCCUAAAGGACAAGUGACAAUUGAUGAAAUUUUAGCUAUAGAUCAGGUUGUGGGUAAACCACAAAAUCAGGGUAAUAGUGAUACUGAACUUGUUAAUGAACCCUUUGUUACUCCUGAAGAAUUGAAGGAAUUAACUGCCUGGAAAGAAGAACAGCUGAAGAAAUAUUGGGAAGGAACUCUCAGUGAAAAACAGAAAGAGGAUUUAUUGAUUCAAACUCUAGAUAAGCUACUUGAAAAGGAUAAGAAAAAAUUCAGACGAUUAAAAGCCAUGUAUGGAAUGGUGGAAGAUGGGGAAGAAAAUUCAAUAGAAGAUGAGGAGGUUAUUGAAGAAGAAAAAGAAUACUCAGUUGAAGAGGAGCAAAAGGAAAUUGUUAAAACAUUAGAAGAAGAUGAAGAAGAAGAAGAAGAAGCAGCUGCUGUUGGGGAAGAACAUGAUGACCUGCAGGAACUUGAAGGGAAUUUAUUCUUAAAAUCAUUGCAGGAUGAUGCCCCUCUUUCAGAAUCAUCAUUUAGUUGGAGUGACAUAGCUUUUAAUGAAAUUGCUGAAGAAGAACCUAAAAAAGAAGAAAAGUCAGAGAAAUUAGUUGUAGAAGAAGAGCAUAUUGAUGCUGCACCUGUUCCCCAACGCCCUGCAGCUAUGCAUGCCGAAGAAGCAGUCCAAGAAGAGGAGGUCUCUGAAUUACUGCUUCAAGAUCCAUUUGAUGAGCCAUAUUAUAUGACAGGAUCUCAGACUCCAAAGUUUAUAAAAGUAGAUUUUGCAAAAUAUAAUGAAUUCACUUGCAAUGGGAUCUUUAUGGCAGACUCUCAUGUUUCAACAUUAAAGGGAAUUAUUGAGAGUCUGGAAGGUUAUUAUAAUGAUAUAUUUGAAGAUAAAUUUUUGAAAAAAGCUGAAGACCUUUUAUUGAUAAAAAGGAAACAAAGUGAAAUUCGGAAAAAUAUUGAUGAUCUGAAAAAUAUAUGCCUAGUUGAACCGCCUCCACCUCUUGCAAUAGAGUAUAAUUGGAGCAUGGGAGAAGUCCCUGAAUGGAUCUUUGAGUACCAACCUUCCGAAGAAGAGUUCAGUAAACUGAUAAACCAAAUACUAAAAAAACAUUCAAAUGAUAAACCUUUGACCGAGAGAGAACAACUUAAGAAAGAGCUUGAAAAUUUAGGUACCCAAAAACCAGAUGAAGAACAAAGUGAACUAAAGCCGAAUGACGAUAAACCAACUGGAAAGGCUGGAACAGAUCUUGUUGAUAAAGAAGAUAUUUUUAAACGGCAAGCUUUGUAUGAGAUGAUGGAUGGAGUGAUUGAAAUGUCAUGGCAAGAGAUAGUUAAAAAGGGAGUGGAUUUACCAUCAUUUGUUAAUGAAAAAGAUCCUGAAAGCUAUACUGAAAGGGAGAGAAUCGCAAUGAAUAAUUACAUGGCAGCUAAAAAAAAAAUUGAUGAGAAGCGAAAAUAUCAUGCAAACUUAGCUCAUCAGGAUAUUGAGAAACUUAAAACUGAAAUAAAGGAAAUUGCAUGCAGUUAUGAUAUAGGCCUUCUUGAAACCACAAGGAAAAGAAUUUUAAUAGAAUCGUGCAUGCAGAGCGAGUUACUUAAAAUUGCUAGAUUAAAAUUAAGAAGACUUACAGCUGAUAAAGGAGUUGAACAUAUUAAUUUUUUAAAGUCAUUAAAAAAUGAGUAUUUAGAUAAAGGGGUCCAAAUAACUGUGUUCAUCAAGUAUUUGCAAAAAAAAAUGGCACUGAUUUUGAAGGAGAUUGAAAAGUAUGUACUAAUGCCGGAUAAGAUAGAAAGGGAGUUUUUGAAGAAGAUAAGUCCUUUGAGUUUACCCAAAAAAAUCAUUGAGAUCUUCAAAGUUUUGAUAAAAACAAAACCAGCAGCAACUGAUGAAUUUGAAAAGAAUGCUUGCAGUAAUGAAUUACAUGCAAUGGCUGCAUAUUUAGACCAAGAUUAUAAACCCAUUUAUCUAUCAGAAGCAUCUAAAAAAUACUUUAAGGCUUUAGAAGAACUGGAUUCUAUUAAGAAUUGUCCACCCAACAUUGAAUCUGCAGUUUGGUCAUUGGUAAUACAUUCUAGGAAUGCAAUGCUCUCAGCAAAUAUGAAAGCCAAUAUAUAUAAAAAUUUUAUUCCUUCAUUGGAAAAGAUUGCUUAUAAUUAUUUUAGACACUAUGUCACUCAUCUUGAAAGGAUUACAAAGAUUCAAGAUGUGAUGGAUAUAGAAGAAGAAAUGCUUGCUAAUCAUUGCAAGAAAAUGGAAUUUCAGCUGGUUUUGCCAGAUGGUUUGGUCGAGACUCGCCAAACAGGAGAUAUUGAAGAUUUUGCUGAUUGUGUCUAUAUUAGCAAGAGUUACAUAGAUAAAUUAAAUGAAGAUAUAACGGAGCUGGAGAAACAAAACCAUGAGAAACUGAAAGAAUUGGAUGACCAAAUGAACUCAGUUUUUGAUACAGAAUUACUUCAUAAGGAAUUACGCUUACGAAUAAAGAUUGAAGAGAAUAAUCUAAAGGAUGUUAAAUUUAUGAGAACCAACAGAUAUGUCCGUGAUUAUGUCACUGAAAUGAAAAUGAAUGAUCAAGAACCAUAUGAAACCAGAGAUUAUGACUUAGUUAGAGGGGAGAAGCUGAGAAAAAUUGUGAGGAAAUAUUUUAAGAAGUAUUAUGAUGCUCUGAAGAGCAUUAAAAAAGCAAAAGAAGACCAAAGGAGUUUGAUAGAUCAAAAUAUGAUUCUUGAGAAAAAAGUAAACAAGAUGACUAUCAUGAACCAGGCAAUUAAAGAUCAACUGAUUCCUGUCGAAGAGGGUUUACAGAAACCACUCCAAGACAAGUAUCAAGCUAUAGUAAAAAAAGGAGAUCUCAUUCGAAAGGUGGAAGAAAACCAUAAAGAAAUUGAAGCAUUGUGGGAAGAGUUUGAAAAAUUAAAACAUAAAUGUAUUCCUAUUUUGCAUAAAGAAUUAUUAAAGUUUAAAUAAGCAAUAUUCUAGUUUUCUGU